ACUACCGGAAUACAGUCAGCCUCCACUUCCUACUUAAACACACAAACACACAUUAACACACACACCGCUCACUACUGCUUCAAGUUUUAUUUUUUAACGUUUCUUCUAUUUAAACGCAGAUCUGUGACGUCACAAAGUCUAUCUGAACUUCUGACAGUCUGUUUAAGCUUCAGCCAGUCUGUCUGCCUGUCUCACGUCUCUGUUUUGGUUCUUUUAGCGCUUAAUUGCAGCUCUCUCUCUUAACUUUACAUAAAUUAAUUAUAAUUUAAUCCUGACUCGUUAAUUAACCGGACAGCCUCCUCGCGCUCACUUGGAAGACUUCCCGGACCUGCAGGGACCGACCUCGGUGCACCGCAGCCGUUAGUCCUGGAGAUUUACAGCCGUGAUCGAGCCCUGACACCGGGCCGUUAAUCAUCAGAGCCCCGCUGCUCCCGGUGCCGAGGGUGUGUGUGUGUGUGUGUGUGUGUGUGUGUGUGUGUGUGUGUGUGUGUGUGUGUGUGUGUGUGUGAGAGCUGCAGGACUCUCUCUCACCUCACACAGUAAACACAGACAAACCCGGGAUACCCCCACAGCCCCGUCCGGCGGGGUCCUUGUGCUGCCCCGCCCCUUUCCCGGAUCAGCUCCGCCCGCCAACCGGGACACAGAUCACAUCUGCAACCCAGAGCGGUCCAUCCCACCCCGGUCUCUCCCGGUCCCGGACUGACACCGAGCAGACCUGCCCGACCUGCUGUCAAUGGCGACCUUCAUCUCCACCCUCACCUUCCUCUUCAUCGUGGUGCUCGGGGUCACACCAGCUGUCAGUCAAUCGAGCGAGCCAACAGAGCCCAUGUGUUAUGACUGGGGGGAGUCCAGCCAGGGGGCGGUCUCCAUCGUGGACGGGGAUGCAGGUUGGCUCUCCUGUCCUCUUUUCUCUCAUCCCUCCGUCUACAACUACUCCUCCACGCAGAGCACCGGACACAACCUCUUCUGGUACCGCGUCCCCGAGGGUCACGACCUGGAACACCCAAUCACAUACAGCCACAGACUCAGCAAAGACCGAGACCGCCUGUGGCUGCAGCCGGCCGCCGCGGACGACGCCGGACUCUACAUCUGUAUGCUGCGCAACAAGCCGUCCUGCAGUAAGAUCGCCAUGCGUCUCACCGUCCUGCAGCGUGAAGAGGUCGUCCGUGGCAACGCCUGCCAGCUUCCACUGGCGGGGGCGACGAGUCAGGCGGUCAUCCCGCUGCAGGAGGGGAAGAUGCUGCAGUGUCCCGACCUGCAGGAGGUCGCCAAGAUGACCGACGGUGAGCCGACCGUCAGCUGGUACCACGAGACGCCGGAGAGUUCGCGCUGUGACGUGUAUCCCUUCUGGAACACACACCGUCAGCAGAAAAGAACCGGCCUGCAGUUUCACCUCAUGCUGAUUCCGUACCGAGGUUUAUACUACUGCACGGUCCAGUACCAGAGGAGGGGCAAGACCCUGAGCUUCAGCCGGAGUAUCAACGUCACCGCAGUCUAUCCGUCCAAUGGGUCCAAGUUGCCCACCAUCCUGCACCCGCCCAAAGACCAGGUCUUCAGCGUCAAACAAGACACGGAGGUGCAUCUGGUGUGCAGAGGUCUGUUCCCGUACCUGGAGUCUGGAUGGGACAUCUGGUGGACGGUCGAUGGGAAAACGCUGGAUAAACUCCCCGACCAUCAGAGAUUCUCCAAAAUCAACCGUCAGGUGGAUUACGACUACGGGGACCGGACGGAGGAGAGCGUUCUGGUGAUCAAAGACUUCCAGUCUGAAGAUGUUAACAGAGAGUUUAACUGCUCGGUGAGGAACGAGAAAGGCUUCAAGACCCGCAGAGCUCAGCUGGAGGAGGAGGUGUCGUUGCCGUCGGUGGAGCUGGGCUGCGGUCUCGGUGUCACCCUGGUCCUCAUGCUGCUCCUCUUCGUGGUCUAUCAGGUCUUCUGGCUCGAGCUGCUGCUGCUCUAUCGCUCGUGGUUCGGCACUGAUGAGCGGCACACAGAUGAUAAGGAGUACGACAUCUACAUCUCGUAUGCGAGGAACAGCGAGGAGGAGCAGUUUGUUCUGUCCACUCUGAGGAACGUUCUGGAGAAUGACCUCGGAUACACCGUGUGUAUCUUUGACAGAGACAGUCUGCCGGGAGGGACCAUCACAGAUGAGACUCUGAGUUUUGUGGCUCGUAGCAGGCGCGUCCUGGUGGUCGUUAGCCCGGGCUACGCCUCUCAGGGCUCCCAGGCUCUCCUGGAGCUGAAGGCCGGCAUCGACGGCAUGGCUCGGGGCGGGCACCUGCGGGUGAUCCUGGUCCAGUACAAGCAGGUCCAGGGGCACGUCUGGGUUAGGGAGCUGAAGAGGGCCAGGAUGGCGCUGGCGCUGGUCCGAUGGCAGGGGGACAAGUCAAAGGAGCUGACGUCUCAUUUCUGGAAGAGGCUGAGGGUGGAGUUACCUGUGAGGAGGGUCAGCAGCAGGGAGGAGGGGGGGGGCAGUAAGGAGGGGGUCCUGAUGAGGCUGCUCAGUCAGAACAGCACAAACUCACAGUCAGGACUCGUCACCAACACGGUCAAAGAGCCGCACAAAGUCAUCAACUCUGCAGCGUGACACGAGGUGUUCAGACGUGUUAGAGGAGGUCACAUGACCUAGAGCCCAGACGGGAAGCAGCUUCCUGUCCCUGUCAAGGGAAACGUUCAAAUAAUGACCUGAUGAGUUAAAGAUUUAUAUCCUCACGACCCUGAAUGUUUUCUGAAUUUAAUAAAUAAAUAUCAAAACGGGACUGAAGAUGGAGAUUAGCUAAAAGUGCUCACUGACAGAAGCAUCUUAUAAUGUAAAGUUUUGACAUAUUUAAGAAAUAACUGAACCACCAACUGUCUAACACAAGGUGGCAUGGUUGCAAAUCAUUUCAAUGAAUCAGUGCUUGUUGUGUUCUAGCAACAAAAACAGGACAGAAAGGGUCUUUAGAACUUAUCAGAUCUUUUAUUUUAAUGCUUUGAAACUCCUUCGACUCGUACCUACCUUUGACUUAAGGACCAGGGAGUCUAAAAGAUCUGAGCUGGGAGGAAAUAAAGAUGAUCCAGUCAAGCAGGAGUUUAGAAACCAAAGUACUGAAUGGACAAGCGGAUGUUGAGCUUGAGGGAGAUUUACAGUUUAAUGUAAGAGCUUUUUAAAGCUCCACAGUUUAAUGUCCUGAUCAAAAAUAAUCUAAUAUUUCAGGUUAAGUGUUUUCACAGAUUACAUUUCAACUAUCAUCAGUUGAAAAUAUUUUCCAUGAGUUUCACAGUUCUUUUAACUUUUGUUAUUUUUGUCAUUGUCUCUCAUUUUAUAUUAUUAUAAAGAUAUUUUGCUCUUAUAUGUUUUUAUACUUAUUAGAUGAAUUAACUGUAAAAUGCAUCCUGCACUUUCUCAUGCUCUUAAUUCUGUUUUCUUUCAGUGUUUAGUUUAUGUUCUGAAUAAAGGAUUCAUUCAUCAAAGUG